AUGUCUUCAAGUAAUUCUGAUUCUGAAACUCAAGAAGAUAUUACUAAAAUAAAAGUUAAAAAAGAACAUGCAAAUCUCACGUGGUUCAGAGAAAAUGAUAAUACAAAUUUUCGUAGACCAAUCAUGUAUCUUGAUGAUGAUGGACACAUUACCGAAUAUACUCAAAUCAAGUUGAGCA